AUGAUGAAAAAGUAUCGUCGAAUAAUAGGAGCAGCAAUGAAAUAUGUGAAACAAGCAGAUCCUAAUUCUCAUGCAUAUCCUCUUAUAUGGCUUGAUAGUUUGGUGAAUACAUCUCUGAAAUAUAUAAAUGGUCAAAAAUUAAUUCGGUCAUCCAUAGAUCAUUUAAAAGCAUUUGAAAAUGUUAAUAAAUGUGAAGUAUAUAUUCGAUCAAUAUCACAAGAUGAACGAAUUAUAUUAAUUGUUAGUGAUAAAUUAGCUCGAGAAAUUAUACCACGUAUUCAUGAACUUCGACAAGUUUCUUCAAUUUAUAUUCACUGUUUAGGUAAAUCAACAAAUGAGAAAUGGAUUAAACAAUACAAAAAAGUCAAAGAUAUUGUUACACAAUUUAAUCAAUUAAUUGAUAAAAUUCGAUUUGAACGUUCAAAACGAUGUCAAAAUCAAGUGAAUGAACCAUUAUCAAUAAGUCUUUUUCAAACGAAUGCAUAUCAUGAACAAUCAAAUAAUAUUUUUAACGAUCAAUUUAUUUAUUCACAAUUAUUAAUUGAUACUCUUCUUCAAUUAAAACCAAUGAAGACUGAGAAAAAUAAAUUAAUUCUUCAAUGUAAAGAAAAAUAUAACGGAAUUCAUAAUGAAUUAAAACUUAUACAAGAAUUUCAAGAGAAUUAUUCAUCAGAUAAAGCACUUUCUUGGUAUAUGAAAGAUUCUUUUAUUUAUCGAAUAUUGAAUGAAGCUCUUCGAACACAAAAUAUCGAUUUACUAUUUCUUUUUCGAUUUUUUAUUCAUGAUAUGCGACAAGAAAUCAUACAGAAUCAAUUUACGUCACCAAUUCAAGUUUAUCGAAGUCAAUUAAUAACCAAAGAAGAAAUGACAUCGUUAAAAAAUUCUCUUGGUCGUUUAAUUUCAAUGAAUUCAUUUUUGUCAACAACUGUUUCUCGUGAUUUAGCUAUAUUCUUUCUUAAUCAAUCAUCAUCUUCAACUGACCUUGAACGAGUUCUAUUCGAAAUUGAUGCUAAUCCAUCUUGUAAUUCAACAAAACCAUUUGGUUUUAUCAAAUCUAAUAGUUACUUUCAACAAAUAGAAGAAGUUUUAUUUACAUGCGGUUCUAUUUUUCGUAUAAUUAAUAUUCAUCGCCAAUCAGAUGGACUAUGGAUUAUACGAUUAUCAUUAUGUCCAGAUAAUGAUCAACAAUUAAAUAAAAUUUUUCGUUCUUUUAAAACAAAUGAAAAAAUCAAUAUACUUGCUUUUGGAAAUUUCUUAAGAAAAAUGAAUAAAAUAAAUGAAGCCGAAAAAUUUUUUACACGUUUAAUUAAUGAAUUAUCUGAUAAUUAUCCAAUAAUUGCUGAUUGUUAUUAUUCAUUAGGAUGUAUAGCAAUGGAAAAAAAUAUGUUGGAUUUAAGUCUCAAAUUGCAUAAAAAAUCGUUAGAAACUAAACUAAAAAUAUUAAAAGAAAAUGAUUUAAGUAUUGCUGAUAGUUAUAAUAAUAUUGGUCGAAUUUAUUUUCAAAAAUCUGAUUAUGAACAAGCAUUUUCAUCAUACUAUCAAGCAUUAAUAAUUACUAUAGAAGCUAAUGAUGAAAAUCAUUCAAAUGUAGCUAUUUGUUAUACAAAUUUGGGUGGAAUUUAUCAAAAACAAGAGAAUUAUAUUGAUGCACUUGAAUGUCAUCAAAAAGCAUUAGCAAUUCGUCAAAAAAAUUUGUCUAUUGAUCAACCAGACUUAGGUAUAUCACAUAAUAAUAUUGCUAUUAUUUAUUUAUGUCUUGGUCAAUAUGAUUUAGCAAUAGAACAUUAUAAUAUGUCACUUAAAAUUUUACAAAAUGCACUUCACCCAUUACAUCCAGAAAUUGCUGUUAGCUAUUGUGGACUUGGUCUUAUAUAUGAACAAAAAGAUCAAUUAGAAGAAGCUUUAUCUUAUUAUGAUAAAACAGGUGUUAUCUAUCGACAAGUGUUAUCUUACAUACAUCCAGAUGUUAUUCGUAUUGAACAACAUAUUCAAAGAAUAUCAUCGAAACUUAACAAUAAUACAAUACGACAACAAUCAAAAUCUUAG